UAAAUGGUUCGUGGGGUUCAUGGGAUAACUACAGUCCCUGUGAUAAAACGUGCGGGAACGGCUGGAAAGUCAGAUUCAGGAAGUGCAGUAAUCCUCAGCCGGCACAUGGUAUUCCUUGCAUCGGUGAUUCAUUGGGAGCAGUGCGGUGCAACACGUUUUCUUGCCCCGUUGAUGGACAAUGGUCAGCUUGGUCAGGAUAUGGACAGUGUAGUAGUAGUUGUGGGGCCGGUGUUCAGAUAAGGAUUAGAAACUGUUCUAAUCCUGCACCUGAAUAUGGAGGUCACAACUGCUCAGGAAGGUUUAAGGAAAGCCAACCGUGCAACCUCAGGAAAUGUCCAGUCAACGGUAAUUGGGGUCAAUGGGGUAACUUCCGGCCAUGUGACAUGCCUUGUGGUGGGGGAAUCCAUAUCAGAAUGAGAAGAUGUGACGACCCACCUCCUUCAUAUGGAGGGCUUCAAUGCUCUGGUCAAUCAGUUCAAACAGAGGCGUGCAACACUCAAUCGUGCCCAGCUACCAGUCAACCAAUAAAUGGUCUGAUCGGAUAAUGUUGUCACAAAUAUUAUAAUACAUGUGUUUAUCAUUAAAUGGCAAGUAU